AUGUGUAGAACGUUACACGCUGUGCUUCAAACUGCAAUAUGUGGUAUACAAAUGUUAGUUCGAGUGUUUAUGACCAUAAUUCUCAUGAUAGAGAAUCUUAUACGAAUGAUAUUACAAACGUUAUACAAUUUCGUGUCGUUCGUUCUUCAAAUGCUAUCUUUAAUACCAAUAUGUGUAGUAUUUCUGCUGACGGCGAGACUGAAAUGUUUCAUGUGUGGAGGUGGAGGCCCUUGUCCCGUUAAUAGAGGAGGAGCUUGUGAUUGCGUCAUGUCAGGCCUAGCCAUUAUUAUACUAUUUUUCAUAUUCCGUGCGACAGGUGUGUUAGAUAAGAUCUUCUACAGCUUAGGUUACGCUAAAGCAAGAGCACCGACAUAUAGAUUCGUCCCGACGCCUGGUGAUAUCACCGAAUGUUCUAGAAACGACUCCGACUAUACAGAUGAAUCAACAACCUUAAACGACGCCAAUCGAUUUACCGACUACGUUACAGAUUACGUACCUUCAUCGACCUACCUCGAAACUUCUACCGCAAAACUCGAUGAUACCGUCACUGAAAAAGUAACUUCUGAGUUAAUCACUGAAAAAGUAAGUCCUACUGAUAGUAAGCUUGAUGAUACUACUGAAAUUGUAAAAACUGAGACAGAAAGUGGAGGGGGGCGAAGACUAUUUGAUAUACUGCGAAACAAGAAAAAAAUAGCAAAUCUAAUGUCUUAUAAUAUGUAUUAA